CUUUAGACACUAGACACUUAAAUACUCAGUACUUAUAGCAGUGAUUAGCCAGUAGGAUAUCAGAUUUAUAGCCCUUUCUCCAUUUUUUUACUCCUUACAGCCCGCCUUCCAUUGGAGGCUGUCAGCUGCCUAAACUUCCACUAAUUUCUCUGCAUUCGCGCCGAUUAUACAACUAUUGCAGAAAAUUUAACCAAACAUACCCCAAAAAUGUGCAGAAAGUCACCAUUUUUUUUACAUUUUUUUGCAUAAAAUUAAUUAUAAACAAACCCAAAUAAACCCACAAUCAAUUAUACUACCAUUCUCUUGUCCCUACCAACAAAAAUCCCCAUAAUUUCUCUCUCUUUCUUCUCUAAAUAUGGAGUGAAAUUUCAGUCAUCAAAACUUCAAUUUCCAACUAUCUUUAGCAGACCUAUAAGCUUAAAUUAGACAGAGAAAGUUCAUUUAUUUUCAUUUUUCUCCUUUUUUUUUAAUUGUUGAAUUGGGUUUUUUUUCCUUGUAUAAUCGGGUUUUAUAUUAGUCAAGCAAUAUCGCUAUCUGCAGAAAAUAAGAGAAGAAAAUGGCAGAAGUUGUGAAACAAGUAGAAGCAGCAGCAAUUGUGAAUCAAACAGAUGAUCAGCAAAUUAUUGAUAAUGGUGGGAUUGAUGAAAGGGAGAAUGUAGGAAAUAUUGAUGAAGAGAAUCAGAAAUUCAGUAUCAAGAAUUUUUUCUGGCAUGGUGGCUCUGUUUAUGAUGCUUGGUUUAGUUGUGCUUCUAAUCAGGUAGCUCAAGUGUUGUUGACAUUACCAUACUCAUUCUCUCAAAUGGGGAUGUUAUCAGGAAUUAUAUUGCAACUGUUUUAUGGAUUUAUGGGUAGUUGGACAGCUUAUCUUAUUAGUGUGCUCUAUGUUGAAUACCGGAGCAGAAAAGAGAAAGAAGGUGUCAGCUUCAAGAACCAUGUUAUUCAGUGGUUUGAGGUGUUAGAUGGCCUACUAGGGCCAGUAUGGAAGGGCAUUGGCUUGGGUUUCAAUUGCACAUUCUUACUCUUUGGCUCUGUCAUACAACUUAUUGCUUGUGCAAGUAAUAUAUACUACAUAAAUGAUCAUUUAGACAAAAGAACAUGGACUUACAUAUUUGGGGCAUGUUGUGCUACAACUGUGUUUAUACCAUCCUUUCACAACUAUAGAAUUUGGUCAUUUCUUGGACUUGGAAUGACCACUUACACUGCUUGGUAUUUGACCAUUGCUGCCCUUGUUCAUGGCCAGGUCCCAGGUGUGAUCCACUCUGGUCCAAAAAAGUUGGUGCUCUAUUUCACGGGAGCAACCAAUAUCCUCUACACCUUUGGUGGACAUGCUGUGACUGUGGAAAUUAUGCAUGCUAUGUGGAAACCCCAGAAGUUUAAGUACAUUUAUCUAUUUGCAACACUAUAUGUUUUCACACUUACUCUUCCUUCUGCUUCUGCUGUAUAUUGGGCUUUUGGUGAUCAACUUCUUACCCAUUCCAAUGCCUUCUCUCUUCUUCCUCGUAACGGUUUUCGCGAUGUUGCUGUUAUUUUGAUGCUCAUACAUCAGUUUAUAACAUUUGGAUUUGCGUGCACACCGCUGUACUUUGUAUGGGAAAAAGUAGUAGGAGUACAUGAUACAAAGAGCUUAUGUUUAAGGGCACUUGCUAGAUUACCAGUUGUAAUACCAAUCUGGUUUUUAGCUAUUAUAUUUCCCUUCUUUGGGCCCAUUAACUCUACUGUGGGGGCCUUCUUAGUCAGCUUCACUGUUUAUAUUAUACCUGCUCUGGCCCACAUGCUCACUUACAGAUCGGCCCAGGCCCGUAAGAAUGCAGCUGAGAAACCUCCAAUGUUCCUCCCAAGUUGGACAGCAAUGUACGCGGUGAACGCAUUCAUCGUGGUGUGGGUGUUUGUGGUCGGUUUUGGGUUCGGAGGAUGGGCAAGUAUGGUCAAUUUCAUUAGACAAGUCGAUACAUUCGGUCUAUUUGCGAAAUGUUAUCAGUGCAAACCACCCCCAGCAGCUCCAGCAGCACCACCACAUCACUAAAGUAUACCUUGGUUAAUUAAAUACUUUGGUUAAGUUAAAACUAUUAUGUACAACAAGAAAAAAUUAAGUAAUUAUAAUUGUGUUUUGUUUUUUGGGUAUUUCGUAAUUGUGGGUGAAUAUUUUUAGUAAUGUUGUUGUGGCAAAGCCUAGUUGUUAGUUGAACCUGUUUAACUUAUCAGGUGGAUUUGUAAUUUCUCAGAAAUGAAUCAUGUUUGUCAAAUUUAGAGUUUGAGAUUUUAGUGGGUAUAUAAUGAAUUAAUUAUGUUGGGUUGUUGUGGA